UAAACUUUUCCAGGAGCAGGAGAAAAUGAACACAGCCCAGGGAUCGGUGUUGUUCGAGGAUGUAUUGGUGGACUUCACCCAGAAGGAGUGGCAGUUGCUGGACCGUGCUCAGAGGCUCCUGUACAGGGAUGUGAUGCUGGAGAACUACGGGCACCUGGUGUCCCUGGGUCACUGUGUUUCCAAACCUGAGCUGAUACUCAAGUUGGAACAAGAAGAAGAACCAUGGAUAUUAAAGGGACAACUCCCAAGUGAGAGCCACCCAGAAGUCCAAAGAACUAAUAACAUGAAAGAGAUAAGCCAAGAAAAUGAAGACAAGUAUUUGAGGCAAGGUUUAUUCAUCAACAACAAAGCAUUGACUGAGGAGAGAAAUAAGACCUUCAGAGAAACACUUAAUAUGACCACAAAUCCAGUGCCCUCAAAAAAAAGAUCCUAUCAAUGUGACCCAUUUGUAACAAACUUGAAAAGUGUUUUUGAAUUAGUUAUUAGUAAUAGAAGCAGUGUGAGAAAAAAAUCUAAUGAUUUCAAUGGAUGUGGAUUCCUUACUACUGUGCAUGAGAAAACCCAUACAGGGAACAAGCCCAGUGAAAAUGAUCAAAAGAGGAAAUCCCACAGCGAGAAGUCGAACCUUACUCAACAUCAGAGAAUGCACGCAGGAGGAAAACCUGAUGAGUAUAACAGAAGGGAGGAAGCCUUGCAGAAGUCAUCCCACACUCAAAAUGAGCAAACUCAUACAGAAGAGAAAAUCUAUGACUGUAACCAGUGUGGGAAAUCCUUCCACAAAAAGCCACACCUGACUCAACAUCCAAGAACUCACACAACGGAAAAACCCAGUAAGUGUAAUGAUAGUGAGAGAGCUUGUAGUGAAAGUGGGAGGGUCUUAAGUAAGAAAUCACGCCUCACUCAAAAUCAGAGGUCUCACAAAGGGAAGAAAACCUAUGACAAUAAUAAAUGUGGGGACAGCUUCCCUAAGAAACCAGACCUUUCUCAACAUCAGAGUGUGCACACAGGAAAAAAGCCCUAUGAAUGUAGUGAAUGUGGGAAGUCCUUUUUUGUAAAGUCCAACCUCACUGAGCAUCAGAGAACUCACACAGGAGAAAAACCCUACAAAUGUCAUGAAUGUGGAAAAUCCUUCUGCCAGAAGUCAGCCCUCACCGUACAUCAGAGAACUCACACAGGAGAGAAACCCUAUAAAUGUAAUGAAUGUGGGAAAACCUUCUGUGUGAAGUCAAACCUUACUCAACAUCAAAGGACCCACACAGGAGAGAAACCCUAUAAAUGUAAUGAAUGCUGGAAAUCUUUCUGCGUGAAAUCCAACCUCAUUGUACAUCAGAGAACUCAUACAGGAGAGAAACCCUACAGAUGUCCCGAAUGUGGGAAAACCUUCUAUGAAAAGUCAGCCCUCACAAAACAUCAGAGAAUUCACACAGGGGAAAAACCCUAUGAAUGUAAUGAAUGUAGAAAAACCUUCAGCCAGAGGUCAGCCCUCACCAAACAUCAAAGAAAAAAACAUAAGAGGAAAACUCCCACCAACACUCUCCACGUGGAGAAGCCAUCCUCUGCGGUUCAUAGCCGUUGAACAUCAGCAAAAUCACAGGGCAGAACCGCUUAGAUGUCAACACAUGUAGGAAAGUCUUUAUCAAUAGGUUAGAGCUAAUUGGAAUUAGAGAAGUAAUAUAGGAGUGAAAUAGGAGCUCUCUAUGAAUGCUUUGAUUGUGUGAAAGCUCUCAAGAAGUAGUC